AGCUUACUAUAUUUUUGCAAAAUAGAAGACAGAUUCCUGAUUAACAAUGCCUGGCAAAAUCGCUUUGCAACUGGUUUUCCUAUCAGUCGACUAACCUUCAUGUGCAGCAUUGUUUGCUAUUGAUUUCUCAGUCAUGGGACGAAAGGGAGUGUGCUGUUGCUGUGCUGCUUUGCGUCCUCGCUACAAGCGUCUGGUAGAUAACAUAUUUCCUGAAGAUCCAAAAGAUGGUCUUGUUAAAGCUGAUAUGGAGAAGCUGACUUUCUAUGCGGUUUCUGCACCAGAAAAGCUGGAUCGAAUUGGUGCUUACCUAGCAGAGAGACUGAGCAGAGAUGUUGUCAGACAUCGCUAUGGGUAUGUUUUAAUUGCCAUGGAGGCAUUGGACCAACUUCUAAUGGCCUGCCAUUCUCAAAGCAUAAAACCGUUUGUGGAAAGUUUCCUUCAUAUGGUGGCCAAGCUUCUGGAAUCAGGCGAACCAAAGCUGCAAGUUCUUGGAACUAAUUCUUUUGUCAAAUUUGCCAACAUUGAGGAAGACACACCUUCAUAUCACAGACGCUAUGACUUCUUUGUGUCUCGAUUCAGUGCCAUGUGUCAUUCAUGUGACCACGAUCCAGAAAUACAAACCGAGAUCCGAAUUGCUGGAAUCAGGGGCAUUCAGGGAGUGGUUCGAAAAACAGUUAAUGAUGAACUUCGAGCAACUAUAUGGGAACCUCAGCACAUGGACAAGAUAGUACCAUCAUUGCUGUUUAAUAUGCAGAAAAUAGAAGAUAUUGACAGCAGAAUAGGCCCUCCAUCCUCUCCUACAGGAGGAGAGAAAGAGGAAAAUCCUGCUCUGCUGGCCGAGAAUUGUUUCAGGGAACUACUAGGACGAGCAACCUAUGGAAAUAUGAAUAAUGCUGUCAGACCAGUUUUCGCGCAUUUAGACCACCAUAGACUAUGGGAUCCCAAUGAAUUUGCUGUUUCCUGCUUCAAAAUCAUCAUGUAUUCUAUACAGGCACAAUAUUCCCAUCAUGUAAUACAAGAAAUUCUUGGACACCUUGAUGUUCGCAAAAGGGACUCACCACGAGUUCGUGCUGGCAUUAUUCAGGUUCUUUUGGAAGCAGUUGCAAUAGCAGCUAAAGGAUCAAUAGGCCCAACAGUUCUGGAGGUUUUUAAUACCUUGUUGAAGCACUUGCGCAUCAGUGUUGACUUUGAGCUGGGUGAUAGGCGCAGUUCAGCAGGAAGUGCCACUUUCAGCACAAGCUCCAAGGAGAGUGAUGAGAGGAUUGUCCAGAACGCUAUUAUUCAAACAAUUGGAUUUUUUGGAAGCAAUCUCCCAGAUUACCAGAGAUCAGAGAUUAUGAUGUUCAUUAUGGGAAAAGUACCUGUUUUGGGGACAACUUCACAAUCACUGGAUACCAGUCACCUUGGAGAUUUGGGAACUAGGAGGAUUCAAAUCAUGUUAUUGAGAUCUUUACUUAUGGUGACUUCAGGAUACAAAGCAACAACGAUAACUAAUGCACUUCCUCCCCCAUUUCUGGACCCGUUAUUGUCUCCUUCACUCAUGGAAGACUCUGAGCUAAGGCAGCUGGUCUUGGAAAUACUGCAUAAUCUCAUUGAUCGGCAUGACAACAGAGCAAAGCUCAGAGGGAUACGAAUAAUACCAGAUGUUUCUGAUCUAAAGAUAAAACGAGACAAAAUUUCAAGGCAGGAUGUGAGCUUCAUGAAAAAGCAUGGUCAGCAGUUGUACAGACACAUCUACUUAGGCUGUAAAGAAGAAGACAAUGUCCAAAAAAACUUUGAACUACUGUUUACUUCUCUAGCUCUUACUACAAUUGAACUAGCCAAUGAAGAAGUGGUUAUUGACCUCAUUCGAUUAGCUAUUGCUUUGCAGGACAUUGCCAUCAUCAAUGAGGAUAAUCUGCCAAUGUUUAAUCGUUGUGGUGUCAUGGCAUUGGUUGCAGCGUAUCUAAACUUUCUGAGUCAGAUGAUUGCAGUUCCUGCCUUUUGUCAGCAUGUCAGCAAGGUCAUCGAAACUAGAAGUCUGGAAGCAUCUUAUUUUCUACCAGAAACAAUUUUCAAAGACAAAUGCAAUCUUCCAAAAUCCUUAGAGAAGCAUGAAAAAAAUUUAUUUUUCCUGACGAACAAGAUUGCAGAAUCAUUAGGAGGCAGUGGAUACAGUGUGGAAAGAUUGUCAGUUCCAUAUGUACCCCAGGUGACAGAUGAGGACAGACUCUCGAGGAGGAAGAGCAUUGUGGACACGGUAUCUAUUCAGGUGGAUAUUCUGCCUGGCAACAACACAGAGGAUAAGAUUGAUAAUACUGAAGAAAUCACCUUUGAAGCUUUGAAGAAAGCAAUUGAUAACAAUGGACUUGAAGAACAGGAAAAAGAAAAAAGGCGUCUUGUGAUUGAAAAGUUCCAAAAAGCACCAUUUGAAGAAAUCGCAGCACAAUGUGAAACCAAAGCAAACUUGCUUCAUGAUAGACUUGCACAGAUACUGGAACUCACCAUUCGUCCUCCACCUAGCCCCUCAGGAACGAUGACCAUUACUGCUGGACAUGCUCAUUACCAAUCUGUUCCAGUCUAUGAGAUGAAGUUUCCAGAUCUUUGUGUGUAUUAAGUGUCUUCUGAAGUCUGCUGGACAUUAUUUAGAGUAGAAUACAAUAGAAAGAACAAGAUGAGUUUUCAAAUUUUGUUGUUUAUUUCAUCUAAACUAACUUUAAAAUAAUGAUGGACAUGAGCCAAAUACAGAUUACUCUAGCCAAACUCAUGAGACUGUCUUGAGUUGUUUUCUUCUGUAAUAUAUUUGAAGUUAGGUUUUUCAUAUAUCAUAUUUCUUCAUUUUCAUAUUUGAGUACAUGUAAAAAUCAAAUUUAAAACUUGUCUUGCCAUAUAGGUGAAUAUUUCAGUUACUGUAGGAAUUUGUAUUUCUGUAAAUUGCUUUCAUUUGAGGCAUUGUGACUGAAGAACCUGUUAAAGCUUUUUUCUCUUUUUUUGUUUGGAUGGUUUUUUUCCUCCUUUCCACCUCAAUUAUAUAUCUGAAUAGAAUGCUUUUGGCUUGCUUCAUCUUAUUAAAUGUAACCAGUGGAGCGCUACCUUAGCUCCCUUUUGUUCAUGCUGUCAUAGCUCGUCAACUUGUUUAUUUUGGAAUAUAUGGAAGAAAACAAUACCUUACAUGUGUUCAUGUACAGUAAAUGAAUUAAUGGACACUUGUUAAGUAUUUUUUUGAUGCAUCACAUAACAUGCGUUUUAGGUAUAUACGCCCAGUAUAUUUCCUGUGUUUCUUGCUAAAAGUUAACUGCUUUGCAUAAGAGGAGAAAUCUCCUCCUGAAGCACUGAAUUGUGCAAUAUUUUUCAUGUCUUAAGGUGUAUGGUUUACAGACUGUACUUUUGAAAACACGGUAGUAUUUUACUGUCUGCUUUAGUAUAAAUACACGAGAGAUAUAUUUAGUAUAGCAGAAAAUAAACUGAGGGCAUUUUAAAUCAUAAAUACAGAAAUUACAAAUAUAUUCUAUAAGGUAUUUCUCUGUAGUUUAUUACAGCUUUUUAAUGAUAUUUUAGAAAUUGAAAGAAAACUGGAUGAAACCAUUUAAAGACCAAGAAUUUAUUACAUAUGUUUUCAAGCAAAAGCAUUUUUAGAGAUGCAUCUCUGUGUUUGUUUUUGUUUCAUUUCUCAAACCUUUCUAGAAAUAAGGAAAAUAUGGUAACUUUCAUAGGUUUAUGUAUCUGAGUAUACUAUUCAAAUGUAAAUAAAGUAAAACUGGUAUAGUAAAUCACUGACCUUUUGAUGAUAAUUGUCAAGGCUGUCUUUAUGACUCACUAAAUUCUGCAGGCAAAAAGAAAGAACAGCUUUCGUUGAUGCCAUGAAUAGUAAGUUUGAAGUCCCUUAAUCUAUCUGAAUCUGACCGAAGCAGCACAAACAUGAAUGAAUGUUCUCAAAUAUCUAUAAUAAAUGUAAGACAUUUAAGUUAGCCAGCAGUUCAGAUAAACAGUGAUCAGGCCACGAACAAAGUGGUCUAACUUCAGUUAGCCCUGCUUUGAGCAGGAGCUUGCUUUAGAUGACCUUCAGAAGUCCCAAUCUAAAUUAAUCUAUGAUUGCAUAAUUCUAAGAUCUGAGUGGUUAUCAGGCCAGCUAAUUUGCUGACUGUUUCGAGCAUUUGCAAACCCACUGUAAAAAGGAUUUUAAGUUUUUUGAACUGUAGUACAGUAUUCCACUGCACUACUUUUAAAAGCCUCAUGUGACAUAACAUCAGAGAAAUAUCAGGUACUUAAACCUAUGAGAUAGCAUGCUGAGACUUUCAGAAAGCAUUCACAAAACUCAAAAGGUAAUUGAGACCUUCUUUUCAGUUUAACAGUGCAAUCACAGCUGUUAGUGGAUGACGAAACAGCCCCUUAUCUACAGCAUUC